ACAUUUUUUUUAUCCUCUGGACAAACGCACGUUUUAAUUCGCCGCUUGGAAUACCAACGGAUUCCCACUGAACCUCCAUGUUGUAAACUGGCUACACAUGUAUGUCUUUUAUCUGACGGUGUUUAUAACUCGAACGAGCAUUUUUUAUUUGAACUCUUACUACAAGUACUAGCAAUAUGGGAAAGAAAGAGCUGGAAAGAACUAUUGACCUCCUGAAGAAAGAAAUCAAUAGACUGCACCAAGACCUCCUUCAACUACGAAAUGAUCUCAAAGUGGAGAGGACAAAGAGUUUGGACCUGAAUCUGGCAUUGAACGAUAAAGAACAAGAAAUAUGUAAUCUGCAAAAGGAAUAUGACCAAGGGAUGAAAGACAUUUCUUCACGAGUCUUACUUCUGGAAGGCAAUUUUCGAAAAGAGCAAACUGAAAUUCUUGCAAUACUCGAAUCAAAAGAUCAAGCUAUCGAACAGUUAAGAGAAGAACUUUGCGCUCGCGACAAAUGUCUCGAAGAACGAGCUAAACAAUUCGAUGAAUUCAAAACUCAAACCCAAAAAGAAUUAAAAGCAAGAGACAAAAAAAUCGCUUCUCAGUGGAGAGAGUUGGAAGGAUAUAGGGGUGCGAAUAAUAAGUUUUUAGGUGCGUUGAACCAACUACGUUCGUCCUCGCCCCCACUUGUCCAGAGAAGUGUUUCAAACAUUACAAAAUCUUGCCAGGAGAUGCAUUCAACAAAACCAAGGAAUGCUAUAACACCUAAUGCAUCAAGAAAAAAGUUUAGGGGCAGUUCAGAUUGGAGAGAAGAACUCUCGGCUUUCUUCUAAAAGUUGAGGAUUUGACAAUUGUGUUGUUUUAGACAGUAUCUAGCUAGAAUAGUAGUGACAUUAGUGAUGAGGUACAGGGGUGGUGUGGGUAUCUAUUUGUGUGAAGGGGGGUGCUGGGGAGGGAACGUUAACCUCUUUAAAAAAAGUUAAGGUUUUCAUUUCAUGUAUUAUUGUAUUUGAAUAUUCGAAAAGUUGAAAAGAUCUAAAUAGUUAUGUAUUGUUCCAUUUUCUGGUAACAGAUAAUCUCUUCGAAACUAGAUGGGUUAUUAUGGGAGCCCUUUAACACUAGUAAUUGUGUCUCGCGAUUCGAUCUGUGAUUUCAAUGGCAAUUUAAACGCAACCCCAAAUGCGUGCGUGUAAAUGAUCGGUGAUUUGUGCGGCGACUAUCGCGCGAAGAGACGCCGCGCGCAAAACUGAACAUAGUCGAAAAAUCUCUGGGGAUUUUUACUUCAAGUUUGCGGCGACUUGGCUGCGAUGUUUCUAAGUAAAAUUGCCGGAUAUUUUCCCGCCAAAACUAGCAACUCCGACACUCUUCAUUUACUUCUCCCUUAAUUUUUAAAAUUUUUCUAUGUCACUGAUUUAGUACCUAGUUUCAAAGGACCUGUUUUGUUCAUGUUGACAUGGGUGAUUAUCAUAUAAAUGCCGUUUACAUUGUAUAUCCAAUAAAAUAAUUACAAUAUGCAAAUGCAAAGUAA